ACUUUUCACUUGCCUUCCAACAUUCGACAAGUUCACUUGAAUUUAAAAUAUUUCCUUGUAAAAUAUACUUUUUCCAAUAAUGAUGCCUCCGGAGCGUUUGGAGCAGUACAAGACCAUCUUCAAGGAGAUACUCCAACGAUUGGCCGCCGAUUUACGCAAAUAUCAGACCAAUAGAGCGGCCGAGAAUGCCAGCAUUUUGGAUCACGCCGGACGGCUCGCAGAAUUAAGCCAGCGUUUGAAUGUCGUUAGGGGAACUGCAUGCGUUGAGCUGAUAAUAGCAUGCCACGAGAAAUACUCCAAGCUGUUUAUGACCAAUAUGGGAUUGUCUCAACAACUGUCUGCCCUGAGCACCCAUAAGGAGGACUUUGACGCUCAGUAUCAGAGCUUCCUCGACGAACUGGAACAGGAGGAUCCAAAGGUUCCGAAAUCUUUGAGGGAAUUCAGUGACUGGAUCAACAAUGUACUCGACGCUUUGUACAAUCAUGACAAGUUCUUGGAACUCAGCCUCAACCAGAUGCAGACACCGGCAUACGUGCAGAGACAGGAGUUCUUGGAUGAAUUCCAGGCCGAUCUCAAGCUUCCCGAAGACGUCGAACUUAAAUUAUCCUUGGGCUAUGCCAAAAUCGACAGAUUUCCAAUGGACUUGUCCCAGUAACAAGGACAACCGACUGAAAUAGUAUUCAUAAAAUAGUACCUAAGCCUUGUUCCUUCAAUAGCAUUUAAAAGUUGUUAACUAGAAUUUAAAUAAUGGUUAUUAAAUGGAAGCUAUAUGCUUCUGGUAACUGUU